AUGCUUCUGAAGCUAAGCCAUGCAGCGACAAGGACGCACAUAAGAUUAACACUUGUAUUCCGGUCCAUCUCCACCCCUGCGACCUUUGGGACGCGCAGCUCGGCAAAUGGACAUGGCCCAUCGCAGUCGAGCUCUUCGCGAAUAGAAGAUGCUGCUUCGGAGGCACUGAGGAAGAAACGCAAGACGGAAUGGAAAAGGAGGCAGCAUGGAGAGACUUUCCUUGACCAUGUCAUCAUCAACGUCCGCGCAGGCAAGGGAGGGGACGGUUGCGUUGCAUUUCACCGCGAAAAGUUUCAACAGUACGGGCCCCCGGCUGGUGGGAACGGUGGUCGUGGAGGAGACGUCUACAUCAUGCCUACGCAGCAUCUUACGACGCUUUCCGAGGUGCCCAAGCGCGUGCGCGGAAACCCCGGGGGAAAUGGUUCCGGUAGCUGGUUGCACGGCCGUAACGGAGAGCCCACCGUCAUCAAGGUACCUGUGGGGACCGUCGUCCGCAAACUUCCUCCGGACGAUCCGCGUUUUGUUCCUGACGACUGGGAAAAGUCGGAUCAAGAAUUGGCUCAGCUGACUCCAGAAGAGCGCAAGGAAAAAAUUCGGGAACGUCGCUUCCUGCACUUUCCCAACUUCCUCGACGAGAACGUCGUAAGACCAGACUUCAAAGAUGUGGAAGACAUGAUUCUACGCGAAGAACGCGAGAUACGAAUGCAGCAUCGCAGACGGUCUACGCGGCCCUUGGAGUUGGACCUCGCCUCGGUGGAAGAGACGACGCCGGAUCCCAAUGCUCCUCUUGGGAUGGGCACGCACAGGCCGCUGGGCUACUUGAUCGCUGCUGGAGGACAAGGCGGCUUGGGCAAUCCGAGCUUCAUUACAUCAACAACACGCUCGCCCAAGUUUGCCACGCGCGGCUACCCUGGCGAACGCGUCACGCUUGAGCUCGAACUCAAAGUCCUUGCGGACAUCGGGCUCGUUGGGAUGCCAAAUGCAGGGAAGAGCACGCUACUUAAAGCUCUGACAGGUGGACGGGCGCGCAGCGCCGUCGCUGGAUACGCGUUCACGACCCUUAACCCUGUCAUCGCCGUAGUACGUGUCCUUGCGAACGGCGGAUUCGUGGGCGAAGGCACGGUGGACAUCGUGCACGACGAAACCCGCAUUGAAGAGGAUCGCAAACGCGCCCUGCUCGAAGGUGGUGCAUUUGCGGAUGCCCUGACGCGGAACCAAGCUCGAGACGGACGGCUGGACGACUUGGCGGAGGUAUUCCGCUUCACCGUUGCCGACAACCCUGGACUCGUCUCACGAGCAUCUGAGAACGUCGGCCUCGGGCAUUCGUUCCUUCGGUCCAUCGAACGAUCCCUUGCUCUCGCGUACGUCGUCGAUCUGUCAGGGCCCGCUCCCUGGGACGAACUAGCCAUUCUGCGGGACGAGCUGGAGAAGUACCAGGAAGGGCUUAGCAAGAAAGCUCGAAUGGUUGUUGCGAACAAGGCGGAUCUCUUGGGCGGCGACGGUACUGAUCAGGCACAGAUGCUUGCUGCUCGGGAUAAGCUCAGGAGACUCGAGGAGUUCGUAAAAGCUGAGAUGCGUAUACCAUUGCCGACCACCCCCUUCACGGAACAAGGUCAAGACCCGCGACCUACGUAUAAGCAUCUGGAUGUCAUCCCUGUGUCGGGAAGGUACUCGCAGAACCUGAGGCGCGUGGUCGCACUGAUGCAGUCGUAUGUCGAAGAGGCACGAUUGUCCGAGUCGGACGUCACGCAUGUCACUAUUCACCGAACGGGAGUCUGA